AUGCGUGCAGCCGGAGAGAGUACUUCUCACACCUCAGCAGCAAGUAAUUCGUCGCCUGCUGCUGUGGACAGUCCACGUGGUAAUUCACCACGUGCGACAGGUACAUCCGCUGCGUCUGUAGCGGGCACUGCGAAUCGCAACGUAGAUGAGUCUGAAAUAGAGCUCAUCUAUCCCGGCGAGUCGGAUGAUGCACCUACUCGAAGGCGACACCUCACGCCCCCGGAUAAUCCGGGGCGGACACUGCAAGAGCCAGGUUGA